AUGCCCUCCAAGAAUAGCGUCAAUAAGGCCAAAAACCUACAAAAAUACCAACAUGCCUCACGCGCAGCGUCAACACGCCUUCGUCGUUCCGCAAAACUCGCUCGCGUGAUUGAUCCAACCUCUGCAGCUGCACUGUCUCAAGAAUCUACCAGUACCGGUGCUAUUGUCGGGACGACGCGUGCUGCGCGACAGGCGGUGCGUGGUGGACGGGUGAGUAAGACUGUUGAGAAGGGUGGGAUUGUGUAUGGUCGUGUACCGAGUCGUAAAGUACAGCAAAAGUUGGUGAGACGGCGUAAAUUGGCUGCACGGGCAGAAGAGGCUGCUGCUGCUGAGGUGAGUGGUGAUGAAGCGGAUGAGGGUGUUGAGGAGGAAGAGCUUGCUGAGGUGGAUGAGGAGAUGGAGGUGGAUGAUGCGGCACCGACGACGGGUGUCGCGAGUCUGUUUGGCGGCGGUGUCAAGGUACGGAGCACGACCUCCAAGUCACGGCCAGCAGCCAAGACACCCACGGGCAAAGGCACAGAGAUUGGUGCUCCACGACGCUGAAUGUGCUCCUUCCUUUAUAAUUAAGCAUUAGCUAUGAGCUUUGAUAUGGAUUUUCUUUUCCUCUUUGACUCCUGAUACAAGUAUAAGCAAUAGACCAGGCGUCCCUCCAAAACAACUCCAAUUCUAGA